AUGUCUUAUGACCAAAACCCAUCACUUAUAGUUGGUGCAGUUUUCAAAAAUUCACCUGCAUACGAAGAAAACAUUAUUCAUUAUGAUGGUACUCAUAUCAACAAGUCUAUUAAGGAAAAGAGUGUUUCUGUUAAAGGUAACAAUAUUAAUGUUGUUGAUCUUGAUGCGGUAACACCGACAACUACUUCACUGAAAUGCCCUAUUGAGAUUCUUACCACCACUAAAUCGACAGCGUAUUCAAGAUUUAAUAUACCAAUCAACUUGAAUGAGAAAUCGUUUUGUUCUAUUAUGCCAGCUGAUCUGAAACUUAGAGAUAUUAUCCUUCCUAAGAACAUGAGACUUUAUACUAUCGAUGGUUCUAAUGAUGGUGAAGUUGAAGUUAAAUUUCCAGAAGAUGUGAUCGUUCCCUCUACGGGUGACCAUAUUCAUUCAAUUGUAUCAUGCAUUUAUUCAUCUUUUCAGAACAAUCUUGAUGAUCUAUCGUAUUUUCAAGAUAAAACUAUUUUGGUCCCUACUAAUGAUGAAGUUAAUGUUAUCAACGACUACAUGUUAGAAUUGAUGAAAGAUGAAGGGAAAACAUAUCUGAGAUCAGAUUCCUUAUGUGAGAUCGAGACAGAAGAUUCUUUUGAGGAAUCAGUAUACUCUCUGGAUGUGUUGAAUGCUUUUAAGGCCUCCAGAAUUCCCAACCAUAAACUUAUACUAAAAAAGAAAACAACAAGCGAAGAACCCAAAGCAAAGAAUGUAGAAUGGGCGUUACUUUCAACUUCAUUUCCCUAUAAAUCCAUUGGUAUUCCUCAAGACCCUAAUACAAAGAAAGCCAUGGCGACCAUCGUAACUGUUGAAGACGCUUAUCCUGGUGUCGAUGCUGAACUUCUAAAAAAGGCCUGCCAUGGAUGGGGAACCGAUGAAAAGGCUGUAAUAUCGAUUCUGGCUCAUCGAAAUGCACCUCAAAGGAAACUGAUAAGGGAAGCUUAUAAAGAUAUGUAUGGUGAGGAUCUUGUCAAGCGACUUGAACAUGAGCUAUCUGGUGAUCUUGAGAGAGCGGUGUACAGAUGGAAUUUGGACCCUGCGGAUCGGAAUGCAGUGCUAGCAAAUGUAGCUCUUCGGAAGGAACACCGAGAUCAUCGAGUGUUCAUUGAACUGUCGUGCACUCUUUCUCCGGAGGAGCUUUUUGAUGUCAAGCGAGCCUAUCAAUGUCGCUACAAGCGUUCUUUGGAAGAAGAUAUUGCUUCCCAUACAUCUGAUGAUCUCCGAAAGUUACUUGUAGGUUUAGUGAGCAUACAUAGGUAUCAAGGUGAUGAAGUGAGCUUGAAAUUGGCAAACUCUGAGUCGAGCAUUCUUCGUAAUGCCAUUGAAGAGAAAAAAUUUAACCAUGAAGAAAUCCUCCGAAUUAUCACUACAAGGAGCAAGCCACAACUCAUGGCUACUUUGAAUCACUACAAAGAUGAACAUGGUUGCAAUAUGACCAAGCAUUUAAAGGAUGAUCGAGCCAAUGAGUAUACAGAAACACUACGUACCACGAUUAGAUGCAUGAGUGAUCCGAUUAAAUACUUUGAAAAGGUGAUCCGUAAUGCUGUUAAAAAGAGUGGGACUAACGAGGACGCACUAACUCGGGUGAUCGUUACACGAGCUGAAAAAGACCUAAAGGUUAUCAUGGACCAAUAUCACAAGAGGAACAGUGUGCCACUUGAUCAGGUUAUUGCAAAGGAAACUUCAGGGCAUUACAAGCGAUUCCUUCUCGCACUUCUUGGGAAGGAUGAGUAGUUUACAACAUUGGUAUCUUGUGUUUAAGUUUUCGACGAUGAUGUUUAUGUGGUUCUUUUUAUUGGUUCAAAAGUUGAAGAUAUUUAUGGUUUGUUUGUUUGUAUGUGUUUUCUUGGUUUUGAACAGACUGAAUGAUUGUAUGGUGUAUGGUUGAUUAUAUGAAUAAAUAAUUUAACUUUUAU